GCCGGGGACCACACAGGUGAGCCCCCGCCCGCGCCCUGCCCGGGACGGCGGCGGGCGCUGCGGUCCCGCUCCCCACCACCCGGGGUCCGCACGGUGCCUCGCCUCAACCCCUCACUUUCCACCGCGAACCCGUGACCCCCUCCUCCUUGCUCGCUCUCCGCCCCCACCCCGGCAAAGUGGAGCCGCCGCACUUUCCCAAGCCCGCAGACGCCCCCCACACACACACCAGCGCUGCACCUCAGACCCAUUCCCCGCGGCCCCCUCCGGGGAAAAAAUGAAACCAGACUGGCCGAGGAGGGGGGCUGCAGGGGCCGGGGUGCAGAGCAGAGGUGAGGGAGACGAGACUUACUUUGCGAGGCGCAGUGCGGGGCGCCGCAGACGAGAAAUAAAGGCCCCGAUCCGGGCUGCCUGGGGCCCCCCGAGCGCAGCAAUGUCAGGGCUCCAGUCCGGGCGGCGUUGGCGGUGGCGGCCGCAGGGGACUGGGACGGGCGCGCGUGCGGCGGGCGCUCUCGCUGCGCUCCGGCUCGGGCCCUGGCUCCGCGCGGCUCCGCUCCUGGCUCCCCUCUGGCUCCUGGCACCAACUCCGGGCAGUCACAUGACGCCGGCGCCGCUCGCUCUGCGAGCCUCCCGGGGCUGGCGGGGUAAGUAGAGGCUGGGACCCGGGGUGGGAGGGUCAGGGAGGGGAGAGGGAGCCGCCGCGGCCGCCCGGGCUGGGCGGGUCCCCACCCACUUGGGUGGAGGCAGCCGCCGGAGGGGUCGGCCGAGUCACUCGCGCAAACACGCACCCCGCCCUGCGCCCUUCCCCCGCCACCCCCGCCUCCCGCGCCGCCUCCGCCCCGCCCCGCCCAGUCACCCGGGGACGGCCUGACAGACACUCAUUAUUCCCCGGAGCCGGGCGCCGCCCCGCCGGCCCAACCUGUCCCGCGAGGCGCGGCGAGGCCGUGGGGCUGGGCGUGAGCGGCGCGGCCUCCGCCCCCCGCCCGGCCCCGCGCCCCCGCCCGU